AUGGCGGAUGAUGAGCUAUUGAUGAAUUUUGAGAUUGGUGAACUCCCAAUCAUACCCAAAUUAAAAUUCCAAGGUGGUAGGUGGAAAGACAGAUUAAUUGCUAAGAAAGGAGCUGCAAAGCGCGCUACUCAAGGAAAAGAACGUCAAAACGUGCCAGAAAAUAAAUCUCAAACUGAAACGCAUGUAGAUGGAACAACGAAUGAUUAUAUUGGUCCUGGAACUGCUCCCAACCCACCUAAACGUCAAAGAAUAGAAAACCGAGGCGCAAAAGACUCUAUUAAUGCUACUCCAGAAAUCACAAAUAAUUCAUUAGUUCAAGCUACAUCAAGGCCAGUAGAAGCAAAUCAAGUAUCUCUUUCGAACGAGUUUCCUCAAAACAGUGUCAAACCUACAACAAGCCGCUCAAAUCAUGAAGCACGAAAUUCUUCUUUCCAUCAGGAUACAAGGUCUUCUUUUGUGGCCGGAAAACUUCCCCCUGGAAGUAUAAAGAUUAGUGCUGUGGGAGGAAAUCAGACAAAUUCAAAGAAAAUAGUAUUCGGGGAUACUCCAGAGAAUUUAAACUCUGGGAAAGCUGAUGCACAUCGAGAAUUAAGUACAAAAUUAAAGUCAGGGCAGAUAAUCUCAUCUCUAUUCUCGUUUAAUCCGGCUGCAAUUUCAAAAGAUGAAGAUUCCAGAAUAGAAGCACAAAAUACAAAACCUUCAAAUGCGCCCCUAACGGCGGAAUUAGAAACUUUUACAGCUCUUGGCCUAUCAUCGCGAUUAGCAUCACAUUUAUUUACAAAGCUCAGUAUGAAGGCACCCACUGCAAUCCAGAAGGCAGCUAUACCUAUAAUGAUUAAGGAAGAUAAUGAUGCAUUUAUCCAAGCGGAGACAGGAUCUGGAAAAACAUUAGCUUAUUUGUUACCCAUAGUCCAGCGAAUAAUAGCUAUGAGCGAUGAUAUGCAUCAAGUACAUCGAGAUUCGGGAUUGUUUGCAAUAGUUCUUGCUCCAACACGAGAAUUAUGCAAACAAAUAGCAACUGUCCUAGAGAAGAUUCUUAGGUGUGCUCCGUGGAUUGUUGGCACAACGGUCAUUGGAGGUGAGAGUAAGCAGUCAGAGAAGGCUAGGUUACGGAAAGGUGUAAAUAUCCUUAUCGCUACACCUGGCCGUCUGGCAGACCAUUUAGAUAAUACUGAAGUCCUUAAAGUCGAGACAGUGAGGUGGGUUGUCUUGGACGAAGGGGAUCGAUUAAUGGAACUAGGGUUUGAAGAUGAAAUUAAGAAAAUUAUGGCCAAAAUUGAUGAAAGAAGCCGGGUCCAAGCCAAAAUAAAUGGCAUACGCUGCAAGUCUUUGCCCCAACGACGAGUGGCUAUUCUGUGUUCAGCAACUAUGAAGAUGAAUGUUCAAAGGCUAGGCGAAAUAAGUCUCAAAGAUGCUAUACAUAUAGCAGCGGAUUCUAGUGAUGAGAACAUUCAAAAUAGUAAGAAAGACCAAAAAAUUGAAAAUUCUAAAGCUUUUUCCGCUCCUGCACAGCUUAAACAGGCAUACGGAGUAGUCCCAGCAAAAUUACGGCUUGUCACUCUAACAGCUGUUCUCAAACGAGCAUUUGCGAGACGGGGAUCUGUCAUGAAAGCCAUAGUGUUUAUGUCGUGCGCUGACUCAGUGGACUUCCACUUUUCUAUCUUUAGUCGCCCUGUAGAACCGUCUUCAGAUGAUAAGGAAGAUUCUUCCUCAACGCCCAUUAUAGUGAAGACAGAAAUGACCAAGGAUACUAUCGCUUAUAGUAGUGCGCUCUCCAGCAGGACUAACCCUGUUAUCAUACAUCGUCUUCAUGGCUCACUAGCUCAAAAUGUCCGAACUGCUACUCUCAAGGCUUUCACAGAGUCUACAGAGCCAUGCAUAAUAAUUUGCACAGACGUUGCUUCACGCGGCCUGGAUAUGCCAAAUGUCGAUUAUGUGAUUGAAUACGAUCCUCCGUUCAGCUCUGACGAUCACCUUCAUCGUGUUGGUCGAACUGCACGAGCUGGCAAAGACGGUCGGGCUCUUAUAUUUUUGUUGCCUGGUGAGGAAGAGGAGUAUAUUUCCAUACUGGCAUCUGGAUACCAAGAUGGUAGAAAGGCAUUAUCACACAACACAGCAGAAAAUCUUCUCAUGAAAGGCUUUGGUGGAGUGGGAAACCAGUGGCAGGAACGUGCCACUGAAUUGCAGCUGGAAAUUGAGCGGUGGACCCAGGAUUCCCCAAAAUAUCUUGAAAUGGCACGCAGGGGUUUUCAGAGCCACAUUCGUGCUUAUGCUACUCACGUGGCAAGUGAAAGGCAUAUUUUUAAUAUGCAAACACUUCAUCUCGGACAUCUUGCCAAAGCCUUUGCCUUGAGAGACAAGCCUGGUAGUAUCAAGGUACCAGGUCUCCGACCAUCAAAGACUACAAAGGCAGAUCGUAGUGUGGCGUCGCGCAAGGCGAGAAAGGGCGAAGAGGAGAAGGCGCCUGAAGGAGAAAGAAUCUGGAAACAAAAGAAGUUGGAUUUAAAUCUGCCUAAUUUAGAGUCUAACGAUUCUGUGAAGCGUAUGAAGAGGAAAAUAAAGGAGCACUCUUCUGCUAUAAACGAAUUUAAUAUCGGAUGA